AUUUCUUCUGUUCUCAUUCGACCGUUCGAAUUCCGGUCCCAACACGCCUUCUAUCAAUCCCGCCAUCGUCUUUAAUGAUUAUGGCCGACAUAGAAAACAUACCCCGAACUACCGACCUCGAAACUGCUGUUAACUUUACUGCCGAGGAUGGCGUGUCUCCUGAACCUCAUGAUGAACAUGAGGCGUUUGUCGUGGUAGAAGACCCAGCCACACAUGACAAAAUUGGCUCGCCUGCCGAUGGCGUAGUGGAUGAUGAUGUGAUUGAUCAAGUAAUCAUGCAGGAAGCCACGCACCCCGGCGACACGCCUAAGGAUGCUGCACCUGCCACAAAGCCGGAGGUGACUAAGAAGCUUACUGCUCCAAAGGCCGUCUUGAAAAUAGGAAAGGACAAACCAGUCAUAUCCGCUAAAGUUGCUCCAACAAGAUCUGCACCGCCUACGCCAACCGUAAAGAAGGUCUUGAAUUCUGGCACGUUUGGAUCUGGUGCUACUAGUACGAAACCAAGCCCUACGAGCAAGGUUCCUACUUCAACUCCUCCUACUCCUUCGAAAACCGCCCCUUCUGCUCCUUCAUCUUUGAGGAAAUCCAUCAGCACUUCGUCUGCCAAUUCACCAGUAAAGACAGCGCCAACAAUGGCGUCUUCCAGAAGUCAUCCCGCUCCCCCACCAUCCCGCCGAUCAUCCGUGCUCCCUCCAAGGGCGCCAUCUGCUACCGGCAACCCUCCGCCACCAAAGUCGAGGGGCACAUUAUUGGCGUCCCUUACAUCUUCCAUGUCUUCCAAACCUCCUCCAGCCGAAGCAGGCGCACCUUCGCGCUCUUCUGUCGUUUCACCUUCAGGUUCUACUGCAUCAUUAAGGUCCAAUGCUGCUGCUUCUGCCGUCUCUCGUCCUCGUGCUUCAAUAUCAGAUGUUGUGAGGAGAUCGCCUUCAGCGUCAUCCACGAAGUCGACAGUGGCCCCGACGCGACAGGCUACUUCAAUCUCAUCCAUUCGAGAAGUUAAUGACGGAACAUCUCUAGAGGAGAUGCAACAAAAGCUCAAAGAGGCAAUGGAUGCGCUCUCAGUAAAAACGCAGGCAGUUGCAGACCUCUCAGUAACUCUGAAUGCGGCUCGUGCAGAUGCUGAAGCAAGUCAAUCUUCACUUCUGCUGCUGCAGCAAGAAAGGGCUGCUGCUGAGUCGGACCUGCGAGAACUCAAAGCCACUUUGCAACACGAUCGCGCUGAACAUUCGCAGGCCCUUGUUCUCCUCGAGUCCCUAAAGCGAGAGCUCCAUGCAGCAAAUUUGGCGUCAUCUAACCAAACUAAUAUCGUUUACGACCUCCAGAGCCAAGUAGAGUCUCUCACAGCUGAACUGGUUGCAGCUCGCGAGAACCUUGAGACUCUGCGCGCUUCAAGCGAGCAAUCUUCUUCCGAAGCGGCAGCAGCAGCUCAAAUUGAGCGCGAGGCUGUUCUUAGGGCAAGGACUGACUACGAAACUAUCAGCGCGGAAGUGGAAGCGUUGAGGGCCUCUCACGCUUCUACAAUUCAAGAUUUCCACGUCAGGUUGAGUGAAGCCCAAGAGCGAGCCGCCGAUGCGGACGCUCUCGAAAACCAAGUCAGGCAACUCAAGGUCGAGCGCGAGGAAAACGCGAACAAGCUCUCAGAGCUGGAGGUCGAGAUUUUGGAGUUGAAGGAGAGUCAAGAGCAAGCAGAGGACGACCAUGCCAAGGUACUUGACCAUCUAAAAAGACUGGAGGAGGAACUGGCCCAUGCUGCCGCAGCCACUCAGAGUGCUGUUGCCGCAUCUAAAGUCAGAGAAGAGCAACACGCUGAACAGAUGGUUGAGGUCAAGGAAGCUCACAGUGGCGAGCUGCAGGCUGCCAACGAUGAACUCUCUAAUGUUAUUGCCGACCUUGCAACAUUACGGGAAGAGCUCGCUGCUGCUCAUGAGGCCCAUGAGCAGACAAAGAUCGACGCUCAGAAUACCGCUGAGGAGCACGAACGUCAGAUUGAGGAGACCGAAAGUGAAUUUUUCUCGAAGCAUCUUGAGCUUUCGGAGGAGAUUAAAAGAAUCACCUCUGAGCUAGAGAGUCAAGAAGCACGUUACAAUGCUAAAGUUGAUGCUCUUAAGGCGGAGCAUGAUUUGCUUUUGCAAGAAGCAUUCGAGCGCGCUAAGAAUGAAGCUGCAGAUGUACAUAGCGAAGACCUUCAAGCGCUCCGUGCUGAAUCACAAGUGACAAUUGAACAGCUCCGCACUGCCCAUCAGUCGACGGUGGAUGGACUGAAAGCAGGCCAUGAAGACGUCCUUGCAUCUCAGGUCGGCGAUCUCGAGAAAAAGUUGAGCAACCAAAGCCUCGAGCUACGUGCUACGCAAGACGAUCUUGCCAAAGCCAAGGCAGCGCUAGAGUCCUCGCGGUCUGACACAGAAAGCCUCAAGGCACAGCUUGAGGAUGCCCGGGCGGCAUUCGUCGCCGCUUCUGCCUCUGCUGAUCAGGCGUCCGAGAUCGAUCGCCUCACAAAAGAACUUGCCAACUUCCGUGAUGAUAAUGCCAUGCUCAACGACGUUCUUGCUGUCACAAAGGAAUCGCUUUCGGAAAUGUCUGUUAAUCAUACAAAGGAGCUCGAGGAAGCAGCUCGUGGACGUGCCGAAGACGUCAUGAGUCUCCGUGCUGCUCAUGAAGAGGAGAUCGGCAGGCUUGCAGCGCAGAAGUCAGAGCUGUCCCUUAAAUUAUCCGAUAUGGAGGGAGAGAUUGCUACGCUUCAGGCACAAGUUGCUGCUGCCGCUGCCGCUGCACCGAAAAACAGCGGGGCAAUGUCCCCCUCCUUGACUAUGGUCACCAGGGAGGAACUCCAGAGAGUGCACGAGGCGCACAACAUGAAAAUGCACGACGUAGUGGCUGAUCAUGAGCGCACCGUCAGGGAUCUUAGGAAUGAGAUUGACGGGUUCCAGAACAAGCUGGACGAGGUCCACCAGGACAUUGCGCGCAAAUCGAUGGAGAUUCAGUAUCUCGAGCAAGAACAAGAAGAGGGCCAAGACUCUAUUACUCGAUUAAAUGCAGAACUCGAACGACUAAGCAGCACGUCUAAUGCAUGAAGGCUCGAUCAUCAACCCUCCACCGUCACGAUUCACUAGCCUCAUGGAUUCCGCGCAGCCUCCAUCCCCUCUCCUCGUGGUUGGGCUAUGCCUGCAGGUGGUAUACUGUUCCGUUGUCGACUUGUCCUUACCCCUCUCUAUUCGUAAUAUAACAGACUCCCCGCACAUUUUUUACCUAUCGUUCUUUUCACUGUCAGAUGUCUCAGUCUAGCAUCCACCUCCUUUCCACUGCAUACCCCACCUAUGGUUAAUGAUUGCACAUAUCUGGAAGUCUUUCUCUAAUGCGACUGUAACAAUGUAGAUCCUGUGUCGUUUGAACUUAAUUAUGCCGACUGGUGUUCACUCGCCUCGGGUACGAGCAAAGUACUUACGUGAUUCGGAACAAUUUAGUUUUUUGAUAAACGUACGAUGUGCGCUGAGCGUGCCCGCUGAAAUUUUGAAUCCGGAUUUUGGAAA